UUCUUGAGUCUUACAAUAAAAUGUGGCUGUAGUAGUCGCCUAGUCGGUUCAAGACCCCUUCUGCCAUGUCCAUCCCCUAUAAAUGUAUUCUUUUCAGCCUAAUGGAAGCCCACCCUUUGGUUGUUUGUUGGUGAACAACUUUGCUUUUCAUCAGAAACCAAAAAUGGCAGCCAGGAUCCCUUGCCAUCGUCACCCUUCUUCCUCCUCCUCCUCCAUGGCCAUGAUCUGCCCAAGGUCAUCCACAAGGCAGUCAUCCUUCAGGUUCAGGACCUCUGCUCAUGGUAGCAGUGCUUCACCACACCUCUCCUUUACUGCUGUGACAGACAAGAAGGUUCAGGUGUUUGAGGACCAAUUGAGAGGGAUCGUAUGCUACAGAGAUGAGAACGGAGAGAUGAUAUGUGAGGGGUACGACGAAGGCCCGAGGCUCGGAAUGCGGUUGCCAGAGAAGGCCUCCUUCCCAUGGCCUGUGGGGGUUCGGGUCACUGAUUUCAUCCAGCUAGCGACGCUCCAGGUUUUCGAGGACGUCGAUGUUCGUCAGCUGAGGAGUGACCAGAAGAGGCAGCUCUGAGCAAGGAACUAAUCAUGUAAGCAUAGUGGUGUAGUACUAUGAUGAUAUGCAAGAAUAAUGUGUGGUGUUGCACUUAGUUGCUCAUAUUUGCUCGUCAUAUUCGGUUCAGCGUUUUGGGUUUCACAAAAGGGGGGGAAAUGGCUAUUGUUCUUCUCAGUGUACUGCUGAGGCAGAGUUACUUGUUUGUAUAUAAUCACUUACUGCAAGGAUAAGAUUGUUUAAAGCACAACUUUUAUGUGCAUAUAAAGUGAGAAAAGGAGAUCUGAAUAUCUGAUCA